CAGUUUUGCGACAACAUUUUAUAUAUAUGUAAAAAUAUUUCCAAUGAGGAAGUCAUGGUGAUCUACGAUCCAGCUUCCUCAGUCUUACCCAAAACAUUCAUCUCUCUAUUGAUUAUCACCGGUUUAGUCCUCACCAUGAACGGCCAGGAGUUCACGAUUGAAGAAGCAACAAUUCGAGAAAUCCAGCAAGCAUUUGCAGACAACAAGCUCACAUCAAGACAGCUCGUUGACUUCUACCUGAACCGAAUCCAGGAGCUGAAUCCGGUGCUUCGCGGCGUAGUGGAAGUGAACCCGGACGCUCGAGAUCUAGCGGACGAGGCAGACCGAGAGAAGCAGAGCAAUGGUGGAUCACUGGGAGAUCUGCACGGCAUACCAUUGCUGGUGAAGGACACGAUUGGUACGAAAGACAAGAUGAACACGACGGCUGGUUCGUACGCGCUGAUCGGAUCGGAGGUGGCUCGAGAUGCAGGGGUUGUAGAGAGGCUGAGGAAGGCUGGUGCGGUGAUAUUGGGGAAAGCUAGUUUGAGCGAGUGGUAUCGUAUUCGUUCUAUCAAUGGUGUUCCUAAUGGCUGGUGUGCUCGAUCUGGACAAGGAGUGAAUCCUUACAUAACAUCAGGGUCCCCUUGCGGGUCAAGCAGUGGAUCUGCAAUAUCAGUAGCUGCUAACAUGGUGGCAGUCUCAUUAGGGACAGAGACCCACAGCUCCAUUAUUUGCCCAUCAGAUCACAACUCGGUUGUUGGACUCAAACCCACUAUUGGGCUUACCAGUCGAGCAGGAGUCAUUCCUUGUGCACCCCGUUGGGACACCAUUGGGCCCAUAUGCAGGACUGUAGAAGAUGCUGUUUAUGUGCUUGAUGUGAUAGCAGGGUUUGAUCCAAGGGAUGAUGAAGCAACAAGAGAAGGAUCCCAGUUCAUUCCCGAGGGUGGUUAUAAACAGUUUCUCAAGAAUGAAGGUCUGAAAGGAAAGAGACUGGGUGUUGUCAGAAGUCCAUUUGUGGAUAAGCUUCAUGAUUCAGCCAUAGCUGCAUCUUUUGAGGAUCAUCUCAGUACAUUGAGAAAAAGAGGUGCGAUUGUAGUGGACAAUCUGCACAUAGCAAAUAUUGAUGAAAUUCUAGAUCCCCAUCGAAGUGGGGAACUAAUGGUGAUGGCGACUGAUUUCAAGAUCUCCGUAAAUGCUUACUUGAAAGAGCUGAUCACUUCGCCCGUGAGGUCACUGACAGACAUUAUUACCUUCAACCAGAAUAAUCCUGAACUGGAAAAACUAGCAGAGUAUGGUCAACAAACUUUCAUUGAAGCUGAAGAGUCAACAGGGAUUGGUGAGAAAGAGAUCCAAGUAUUGGAGAAUUUAGAAAAACUUUCAAAAGAGGGGUUUGAAAAACUGAUGAAAGAGAAUGACUUAGAUGCGUUGGUGACACCGGGUUCACGUGCUUCCCCCAUUCUGGCAAUUGGAGGGUACCCUGCUAUUACUGUCCCGGCAGGGUAUGACAGUGAUGGAAUGCCAUUUGGCAUCUGUUUUGGAGGGUUGAGAGGCACAGAACCGAAGCUGGUUGAAAUUGCUUAUGGCUUCGAACAAGCCACCAAGGUUCGGAGGCCUCCUUGUUUCUCCACGUCAGAAUUAAGUGAGAAAGCAUCUGUCUAAAUUUUGACAUUCAAGGCCUUGCUUUAUGAAUUUGCCUAUGGAUCUUCUGAGGGAAAUCUGUGCAUCUCUGUUGUUUCAUUGAGAAACAUGAGUUGGACAGGCUUGGACCAAAUGAUCUAACACUAAAGAAUUGGUGAUUUCAAGGAAA